GUCAGUCCACUCCGAGACGCCGCCCGCGCCGCACCGCCCAAUGUCGCCCGCCUCACGCUCGCGAGUCAAACUCAAAUAACUACAACAAUUUUCCCAACAACAAUUCCACAACAACAAUUCCCGACAGCAAUUAGGCAACGACAAAAUUUGCAACAACAAAGUGACAAACUUUUAAAUAACAAAUGGGAUAAAAACUGAUUCAGAACAUUGUAGUGUGUGAUUAUUUAUUUUGUGAAUUUGUGUGAUAUUAAUUUUAAGUUAGACUAAGUGAUGGAGGAACAAGCGGAGAGUAAGGAGAGACUGCAGCGGGCGCCCUUCGAGACCGCCCUGCAUCACGCCGGUUACGGCUGCUUCCAAUGGCUGCUGCUUAUGUCAUGUGGUGCGGUGUACGCCGUAUGCGCGCUCAGUACCACCACCCUCAGCUUCGUGCUGCCCGCCGCCGAGUGUGACUUCAAUCUCUCCUCCAGUGACAAGGGAAGACUUACCGCCACGCCGCUUAUUGGUAUGUGUGUCGGCUCCUACUUCUGGGGCAACCUAGCAGACGCGCGAGGUCGUCGGAAGGCAAUAAUCGGGGCCCUGCUGCUGGAUGCCUUAGCCGCAUUCUUCUCCAGUCUUGUGCAGUCUUUUCCCGCCUUUUUAGCAUGCAGAUUUUUCUCCGGCUUCGGUAUAAUCGGUGCUACUGGACUGGUUUUUCCAUACUUUGGGGAUUUUCUCUCACUCAGGCACCGAGAUGUGAUGCUGUGCAGGCUAGAAGUGUUUUGGACGUUUGGCACAAUAUUACUGCCAGGAAUUGCAUGGGUAAUCAUACAAGACUCGAGGUUCAAUUUCACGGAGCCGGGAGCGGAUUUCCAGUACACGUCGUGGCGUGUGUUCGUAGCGGCUUGUGGUAUUCCCAGUCUGCUGGUAGUACUGCUGCUGCUGCCUUUCCCCGAGAGCCCCAGAUACCUGCUCCACGCGAACAAGUUAGACCAGGCGCUGCAGGUCCUGCAGAGGAUAUUCGUAGUCAAUACGAGGCUAACUGAGAAAGAUUUUCCAGUAGAAUCAAUGAUGGCCGCCGUGGACGGCGAGGAGGAGGAGAUAGUGUGUGCAGACACAAACGGCAACGAGACCAAGACGCCGCUGACAUGGAACCAGCGGUGGCGGAACUUCUGGAGCCGGAAGAAAAUGCUCGUCACCCCACCGUAUAUUGGACUUCUAGUGCUAUGCUGUUUUGUAGAUUUUGGUUUGAUGUUUAGUUACUACACGUUGAUGAUGUGGUUCCCUGAUCUGUUUGAGAGGUACAGUCAGUUCUCGUCCAUGUACCCGGAGGUUGCUGCUGGGGUCUGUGAAGUGUCUGCAACUGUCACCAAGACUUUGGAAGAGGGCAAGAAUGUCUGUCCGCAAAGUAUAGAUGACGCGGUGUAUAUCCAUACGCUAGUGGUUGCACUGAGUUGUGUACCAACAGCUCUGUUUGUUGGUCUCGCCAUUAACAUGGUGGGAAAGAAACUCAUGUUAGUUAUAAUGUUAAUAAGUUCCGGGCUGGCUGCGCUAGGCCUGAACUUGGUGCGGUCUUCGCUGGAGAACCUGAUAUUGUCUUGCCUGUUUGAAGCCAUCGUCAGUUGUACUGAAGCGGUGCUCUUCUGUCAGAUUUGCGAGAUCUUCCCUACUAAAGUAGCGGCUACCGCCAUGGCAGUAACAGUGAUGUGCGGUAGGAUAGGCGCUAUAGUAGGCAAUGUCAUCUUCGGCGCCCUCGUUGACGAGUAUUGUGUGGUGCCCAUAUACAUGUUCGGCUGUCUGCUUAUUACGAGCGGACUUCUGUGUAUUAUUCUACCAAAGAGCACGCGGCCGGCGCGACCGCAGUGAUACGCUAUGUAUAAAAUAUAUUUUUGUAUGUAUAUUAUUAAAUAAAUUAGCUAAAGUAAGCACUAUUGUAA